UUUGCCUCGGAUAACAAAAGCAAAAGAAUUUUGCCUCUCCUCCGUUUUACUUUUCCUUUGCCUUCUGGUCCCCGCCAGUCCUUUCCAGCCGCCCUCCCUCUCUCUCCUUAUAUAUAUACCUGCGAACGCACUUGAUCAACGAAUCAGCCUUUUAAUCAAAUUCAAUCCAUAUCGAAUCUCAAGAGAGAGAGAGAGAGAGGGGAGAGGGAGAAUAAAACGAACGAUGUGCCUGGUAUUUGUGUGCGAUGAGGAUGAGAGGGUGGUGGGGAGGCAACCAGCGCCGGGAGCGUGUCCGUACUGCGGAGGCAUGAUCCAGGCCAUGGACGUCGAGAGCCAGUGGAGGUUCUGCUUCCUCCCUCUCUAUCAAAAGACCAAACGCAAGUUCUACUGCACCCUCUGCGCCCGCCGCCUAAUUAUGCAGUCCUGAUCAUCGCACUCUUUUGUGUAAUUAAUUCUUCUCCUGUCAAGAAAUAGUUUUUGAUUAUAUACGUAGAUGGAGUAUAAUAUAUAUUGCUAUAUUAUGUGUAUAUAUGUGAUCCUAACUAUGGGUGUAAGAUCUGUUUCUUCAGCCAAACCGGUACGAUUGCGGAAAACGGCCGUUUCUCUGUGCGAGUUUCAGUCCCAAUGCUAUACCGGUCUAUCUCCGAACUGGGCCCUCCGAAAAUCGCUACGAACCGGCCAGUACGGUUCGUUGCGGUCGGUUUUUAGAAGUAGGGGUGUAUGUAUGUGAUCCAGUCGGAGGAUGUUGUGUUCGGAAUUCGGAUUCUUUUUGUGGGUCUGAUGUUUAAAUGUUACCUUUUCUUGAUUAUUGUGGAAUAGUAUCUAGCAAGAUUGGAAAUCA